AUGGUUCGUAACUUUUUCAUUGGUGGUAACUGGAAGAUGAACGGUUCUGUUUCUCAAGUGAAGCAACUUGUUGACAUGUUGAAUGGUUUUGAAAUUCCUGCUCAAACUGAGGUUGUGGUUGCUCCUCCUGCUCUUUACAUUGACCGUGUCAGCCAAGGAUUAAAGAAGGAAAUCAAGGUAGCUGCUCAAAAUGCUUACCUUAAGCCUUCUGGUGCUUUCACUGGUGAAUUCUCUCCUCAGAUGCUCAAGGACUUGGGUAUUGAGUGGGUUAUCCUCGGUCACUCUGAACGUCGUGAAUACUUCCACGAAUCAGACGAGAUCGUAGGUCAAAAGACUGCUUUUGCUUUAGAUGCCGGUGUGUCUGUGAUUGCCUGUAUUGGUGAAAAGUUAGAUGAACGUGAAGCCAACAUUACCAACGAUGUUGUGGCUCGUCAAAUGAAGGCUAUUGCUGACCAUGUCAAGGACUGGUCUCGUGUGGUAGUUGCUUAUGAACCUGUCUGGGCUAUUGGUACCGGUAAGGUCGCUACUCCUGAACAAGCUCAAGAUGUUCAUGCUUUCCUCCGUCAAUGGUUGGCUGAAAACGUCUCUCAAAAGGCUGCUGAUGAAACCCGUAUUCUCUAUGGUGGUUCUGUGAAUGGUGGUAAUGCCAAGACCCUUGCUUCUAAGCCUGACAUUGAUGGCUUCUUGGUCGGUGGUGCUUCUCUUAAGCCUGAAUUUGGUGAUAUCAUCAAGGCUCGUCAAUAA